GCCGGUGUAUUGAAGAUUUAAGGUAAAUUCGAGUUCAAUUGUUAUACAUUUCUUCUCUCCUUCUACAAUUUUUUCAAAUUUUAACCUAAUUUUUUCAAUUGAAGAUGACUGGAGUACAAAAACAAUACGAACGACGAAGCAAACACAAACAUGACAAACAAGCAACAAAUCCAGACAAUACUGAAGAAGGAAAUAAGAAUGAACGCGCCAAAGAAACGGAGCCAAUUGUCCCGUCAUCACUUUUGAACGACAUCAUGAACGAUUUAGAGGAACCCGAAGAUCACACCAAUCAAGAAACUGAAGUUAAAAUCAAUGAAGAAAGCAUUGAUAAUGGAAACCAAGAACAAGAGCCUGAUCUCACUAAAGGACGGGAAGAGACUGUCAGGGAAACCGAAACUCAAACCAAUGCAGAAACUGAACCUAUCAUCAAUGAAGAAACCAAUGCCAAUGUAAACAAAGAACAAGAGGAAGUGAAUCAGAAGAAUGACAAAAGAAGGAAACAUAUUGCAAAAAGGAAACAAGGGAAUGAAAUUGUUGUUAGAGAUGUCAAGAAGCACAAGUCUGCAGUUGUUGUGCACUCGAGAUCAAAAGACUGUGUAGAAGUGGAUAACAAAUCAAAACCGGUGGAGAAGAAAAAGGCUAGACUUUUGGUCCAAAGAAUACCACCAAAUUGGUUCAUGGCACUUAUUCCUAAAAUUCCGAGACAACACAGAGCUGCCAUUAGGAAAAUAGGCUUUGGUGCCUUCCUUGAUUUAGAUAUUGGUGCCCAUAAGUCUGCGUUUUCUGCUGAACUUGUAACAAGCUUAGACGCCAACAGAGUUAAUUUGGUGAUGGAUAAUAAAGAAGAAAUAGAUAUUCAGUUGAAAGACAUACACCUUGUGUACGGGCUUCCAAUAGGAGGAAGGAAAAUAGUGGAACCGAAGAAGGAAGAAGAUGAAGAAUGGGUUUCAUUUCUGAGAACAUGGAGGGGAUUCUUUAACAUGGAAAGUGGAAGUCCAUACCUGUCAAAAGUAUUAGAUAGGUUGAAUGAGUUAUGUGAAAAAGACUUGUGUGAUGAAUUUUUAUGGCAUUUCGUGGUGUGUGUAGUAAAUACUUGUAUAUGCUCAACAUCAAGACCGAAAGUGGCAUACAAGUUUCUGUAUAGCUGCAUGGACAUACAGAAAAUUCAUGAAUUAGACUGGUGCCAUUACACUUUUGUAAAUAUGAAGAUAGCUGUUGAAAAAUGGAAAGGAGGAAAUGCUUAUUUCACUGGACCAUUGCCUUUCUUACUGAUUACAUAUUUUGACCGGUUGCAAAGGGAGAAGAUUGUGCAACCAAGAGAGUUCCCUCUCCUUUCAGUCUGGAACAGUGAGAGGAUAGAAGAAAGAAUGAAGAUUGAAAACAAGAGGGGCUUUGGAAAGGGGGUUGUGCUCAAAAGAAUAGCUUAUGAAGGAUUACUAGAAGAACAAGUUGAAGAACACAUAUACCAGAAAGAUCCUGACUUGCAAGCAGGCUCAUCAACUUCAUCCUACAACAUUAUGGGCUUUCUGGACAAAUUUGGGGAUUUGGCUAAGGCACUGGCUUCAAAUAUCAACGAGAUGUAUGUUAUGGUAGAUAAAGCAUCUGACCUUUUCAAAGAAGGCGAUACAGCAGAGGAACUGAAAAGGCUGGUCGAUAAUAUUUGGAGCAAGUACACAAAUAAGCCAACUGAGCCAAUUCUGCCCGAAGCACAAGAAAAAGUCAAGAGUCCUUCAGUUCUUAGCCAGGACAAACAAAUGUUUGAUGAACCUGGAUUCAUUGAGGAAUUGGACGUGGUAAUGGCUAAGGCAUGGGAAGAUUACCAAGAGAGAAUAGGUAUGAGUAAGAAAUUUGUCAAGCCACGUCCAACAAAAAAGAAAAAGAAGGCAAGAGAUGAAUCUGAUAUAUUAGGCUUCAAAUUGUUGACCCAAAGCCAAACCGAUGAAGAAGAAGAGCAACCCCUCCCAUUUGCUACAACAACGACACACAUCUUUGUUCCAGAAUCAGAAUCACCAGUGAUCCUUAGGGAUAUUCCAUCUUCAUCUGCAUUAAAGCCAACAGAAGUGAUUUCUCUCGACAGUGCUGAAUCGUUUGAAAAUAUGGAUUUGGAUUUGGACUUGGAUCUGGCACUUGGAGUUCAAAAAUCCUUGGAAAAUGCAGCAAACAAUGUCAAAAGCCAAGAACAAACAGACACAGAAAAUGCAACAAACAAGCCAAGUUCGGGUAAAGAUGAUGACCCUAAGGAAAGAGCGUCUGAUGUUGUUCCAACAGAGGCUACUUUGGGUAACAAUGAUCAGCAAAUGGGAACAGAAACUACUAAAACACCAACUGGUUUAGAUAUUGAUGGAAAGCAAGCUGGUUCGCCAAAAUAUGAGGAGCCAAAACAGAAAAUAGAUGAGCAGGUGGGGUAA